CAGUUUAUUUUUCACCCCACGUUGCGUUGGUUCGUCUGACCUGAAAUGCCAGGGGUGAGGGGUGGGGGUUAACGUAAUGUCAUAAUUCCAAGGCAGGCAACAUCAAAGGCACGGACGGCAGACCACAAAAGCGACAGUGUGACGUAACAUCUUAUCAGAUCUGGGCCACGUCUAGAGAAUAUAAAUACUUUCGCAGACAGCUGUGAAUGAUGUCAAAAACCAACUUAAUUCAAUUAUCUCCAGUGGUUUAAUUUAAAAGGUAAAUUAGCUUAACUGUCUAUUCUUUUUCUCAUCACUCGAUAAUUUUAGUGAGUUUCCAGCAGCUACUGUACGGAAGUGCCCGUGAUGCAGUGCGCGGUGACUCUCUUGCUCGCGCUCUCCGUGCUGCCGCGGGAAAGCGCCGCAGGUGUCAUCGAGCGGCGCGUGAAGGCGGGACAGGUGCGCAGCGCUCCGCUGGACAACCCCGGCACGAGCCAGCGCGUGAGGGAGCUCGCCUGGGCCGCGCAGCAGCUGGAUGAUGACCACGAAAUAAGACUGAUCCCCUCCGAGCGCAAUAUCAUUGAUAAAACGAACCUGUACAUCUGCUGCUUGCAUGCCAACAUCCUUGACUUCUACCUGGGAAAUAUACUGCAAACUGAAGAGAAAUUUCCACACCUGAGCACUGUGACCAUUGACCUGGCCAGGAUCAGCAGAGACCUGUCAGAGAAAGGAUGUUCCAUCAAGCAUGUGAAUGAGCACGAGCACAGUAGGAGUUUCACGGAGCAGUUCCACAAGUUGGGAAAGAAGGGUCAGACAAAAGCAAUUGGAGAAAUAGAUAUCCUAUUUGACUAUCUGUCCAAAUUCUGCUGAGAGCACUUGGCUGAAGACCCAGAGACCUUAUUUGAAGACCUGAAGAUCACUGAGGGG